UGCCACUAGGAUGUUCACAAGCCACCAUGAUGAUUCAAGCAUUCCCGACUAUUGCUGUUGUAGCAGCUCUGCUGUCAAUGGUGUGCGGCGCUCCAGCCGGCAAUGAGCCAAAUGAACGUGCAGAUGAAAGAGUAGCAGAAGACCGCUCAUGUACAAAAAGGGAUGCGGAUGCUCAAAAUGCUCUCAAGAACGGAGAAACGGUGAAAAGCUGCAAUUACUUUUGCAAACCCUACAAGGACGGUGACAACUACGAUGAAAAGAUGUAUCCAGUUGGAACAAAGUGCAAGUACGGCGAUAAAGUAAGCAAGUGCACAGAAGAGGGAUGUCCCUAUCCAACGGAUUCUGCAGACGAUAACACAGAAGAGGAGAAGCCAGGGGAAGAGUCGAAUGAUGAUGGUGAAAACGAGGGGGAGUAUGAAGAAGGGGAAGAAGAAGUGGAAACGGAAGGAGAUGAGGGAGGAGAGGAGGAGGAAGAGGAAGAGGAAGAGGAAGAGGAAGAGGAAGAGUAG